AUGGCACAUUCUCAAGAUAUCCAGCUCCAGAUCCGAGGUAUCCCGGGAUCGGAGUCCAGCCGCGGCGAGGGGCCGGAACCCGCCAUGCUUCGGACGAAGAGGCGCAGCGUUCGAUGGCGGGUGCUGGUGCUGGCGGACAUGCUGAUGCUGCUCUUGGGGGAGGCGAUGGCGCCCCUCCUGUGCCGCCUGUACUACAACUCCGGCGGCAACAGCUUGUGGAUGGCCACGCUAGUGCAGUCCGCCGGCGCGCCGGUGCUGGUCAUCCCACUUCUCCUCACUCCGCGGGCCGCCGCCGGGGAUCCCCGGCCGGCGGUGUCCAAUCUGGCGGCCAUCUGCGUGGGCCUCGGGCUCGUCAUCGGCUGCGACAACCUGAUGUACUCGUACGCCAUGCUGUACCUGCCGGUGUCCACCUUCUCGCUCGUGGCCGCGACGCAGCUGGCCUUCAACGCCGUCACCUCGCGCCUCAUCAAUGCGCAGCGCUUCACGGCGCUCAUCCUCAACUCUGUCGUCGUGCUCACCUUCUCCGCCGCGCUGCUCGGCGUCGGCUUCUCUGACGACGACGAGACCUCCAGCAGCAACGACGUGCCGCGCGGGAAGCACGCGCUCGGCUUCGUCCUCACCCUGUCCGCGUCCGCCGUAUACGCGCUCAUCCUGUCCCUCUUCGAGGUCACCUUCGAGAAAGUGAUCAGGACGAAGACGCUGCGGUGGGUGCUCAAGAUGCAAAUUUGCACGAACGUGGUGGCCUCGGUAGUGUCCGUGGUAGCGCUGUUCGCGUCGGGGGAGUGGAGGACGAUCCCGGGGGAGAUGGCGGCGUUCAAGAACGGGAGGGCGGGGUACGUGGGAACCCUGGUGGGGAUCGCGGUGGGGUGGCAGGCGGCGACGCUGGGUGCUGUGCGGCUGAUCACCAGGGUGUCGUCGCUGUUCGCGAACGUGACGGGCACCCUGGCGCUGCCGCUGGUGCCGGUGUUCGCGGUCGCCCUGUUCGGGGACAGGAUGACGGGGAUCAAGGUGGUGGCCGUGCUCAUGGCCGUGUGGGGUUUCCUCUCGUACGUGUACCAGCACUACCUCGAUGACCGGCGCGUGGCUACACGGAAGAGGAGAACGGCGGCUGACUGCAGCGUCUGCGCGGCGCGGAUCGGAGCAAGCCAGGCGGUCGUGCCAGCUCCGGACUCCGACGUGGCUUAG